AAAAAAAAGCGACAAAAGUCUUUAUGUUCCAUAUAUUUUCCUAAUAAACUCGUCAAUAUACAAAUGGCUACUCUAAACUUCCCAUUCAGUUCAGCUUUUGUUUGCAACAGCCAUCAUCAAAACACUCAGCAGUACUUCCAUUGCAAGGCAGUCUCCAAAACGACAUCGGCUCAUGCUGCAGUCACCGUCCGUCGCCGUUCUGCCAAUUAUAAGCCGCCUCUAUGGGAUCAUCAGUAUCUCCUUUCUCUCGACAAUAUAUACGUGAAAGAAGUUGAAACCAAGGAAAAAGCUAAUAAGCUGUUGAAAGAGGAGGUGAGGAAGAAACUAGGUGAAAUUGAUCAAAGUUCUAUUGAGCAGCUAGAAAUGAUCGAUUCUCUGCAAAGACUCGGAAUCUCGUAUCACUAUAAACAAGAAAUCCAUGAUAUUUUGAAAAACAUUCAUGACCAACGCGGCGAAAUUGAGAGGGAUGCUACAUCUCUUGAAUUUUUUCUCCUAAGGCAACAUGGUUUUGAUGUCUCUCAAGAUGAUUUUGACGUUUUCAAAAGUGAGAUCAGAGAAACUCUAGGCAGCGAUAUCAAAGGUUUCCUUUCUCUAUACGAAGCUUCUUAUUUUUCAACGGACUCGGAUUUUAAACUCAAGGAGGCUAGACUUUACGCAAGUGAGCGAUUAAGUGAGUUUGUGGCAGAAAAUAGCAAAAUUUCUUUCAGAGAAGAUGAAGCUUAUAUGUUAGAGAUGGUGAAACGAGCACUAGAAACGCCGUACCAUUGGAGCAUACGAAGAUUAGAAGCAAGAUGGUACAUAAAUGUUUACGAAAAAAAGCAUGAUAUGAACCCUCUCUUACUACAGUUUGCAGCACUUGAUUUCAACAUGUUACAAGCUAAUCAUCAAGAAGAACUCAAACUAAUUUCUAGUUGGUGGAACAGCAAAGGACUUAUGAAACAACUUGAUUUCGUGAGAGACCGAAUCACAGAGAGUUAUUUUUGGACCGUUGGAAUAUUUUUCGAGCCAGAGUUUGAAUACUACCGCAAGAUACUCACCAAAAUAUUAAUGUUAAUUGCGAUUAUGGAUGAUGUCUACGAUAUCUAUGGUACAAUAGAGGAGCUCGAAAUUUUCACAAAUGUGGUUGAAAAAUGGGAUGUGAACCAUGUUGAAAGACUUCCCAAAUACAUGAAAAUAUGUUUUCUUUUUCUAUACAAUGAGAUCAACCAAAUUGGAUACGAUAUCCUCAGAGACAAAGGACUUAACGUUAUACCUCACCUCAAACAAGUUUGGACGGAUCUAUUUAAAACGUUUCUAACGGAAGCGAAGUGGUACAAAAAUGGGCACAAACCAAGUUUUGAAGAAUACAUGCAAAAUGGUGUGAUAUCAAGUUCUGUCCCAACGAUACUGCUCCACAUUUUCUCCGUCCUCUCUGACCACAUCUCCGACGAAACCUUAACAGUUGUUUCGAAAAAGCACCACUCUGUCGUCCGGAGCUGUGGCACCAUUCUCCGUCUCGCUAAUGAUCUCGCCACCUCAACGGAAGAGAUUGCAAGAGGAGAUUCACCAAAGUCAGUCCAAUGUUACAUGUACGAGACAGGAGCCAGCGAGGAAGAGGCACGUGAACACAUGCAAAGUAUGAUCAGCGACUCUUGGGACAUCAUAAACUCCGAUUUCAAAACUUCAUACACUUCUUCUCUUCCUCUUGGUUUCGUGGCAACCGCCGCAAAUCUCAACCGAGUGGUACAGUGUAUCUACCGGCACGGUGAUGGCCACGGCAGCCCUGAAAAGACCAAGAUCGUUGAUUAUAUCCACUCCGUACUCUUCAAUCCCGUUCCUUUGUAGGAUUGUAAUUUUGUAUUUACCCCAUAAUAAAUAAAUUUUCAUAAGAACAAAAUAUAUUUGGUAUGAUGCACAAAAAAAAAAUCAUAUUGCACCAAACCCUCUUCUUUUAGUAUUCUACAAAUGUAUACAUUCAUAGAUGAUAUAAGCCUUAAAGUCAUUUUGUGUCGCCUUUUUAUUAA